UCUGAUAUGUUUAUUUCAGGAUGAGAUUUUAGAAACUCUGUUUUUCUGUGUCGGUUUGUGUGAGAUCUGGCGAAUAAAGAUAACAAGACAAAUUUCCAUUGACAAAACACAUCGCGGUGUAUCUAGUUGUAUCGUCGCCCAACACUGUUUAAAUUGGAAACCACAAUGGACAAUGUCAGAAAUACAAAGGAGAUGGUCUUCGAUGUAGUGGUGAUCGGGGCGGGCAUCGAGGGAUCAGCAGCCGCUUAUUACAGCGCGAGAGAUGGACGUCGAGUUCUACUCUUAGAACAGUACUCAUUACCUCACACAAGAGGUAGUUCGCAUGGUGGCAGUAGAAUCACUCGCUUAGCAAAGUCAGACGAACGCUUUCAAAACUUGAGUUCCGAGUCAUAUGCACUAUGGGAGGAGUUGGAAAAGGAGACUAAAACCGAAUUGUUGAGAAAAGUUGGGAUGUUACUUAUUUCCAAUGAUGGAUGGGAAGACGGUUAUCCGAAUCGUGUUAUGCAGUCAAUGGUGAAGUCCGGAGCUGGUUUGGAGCGGAUAGCAGCCGAAGAGGCAAAUAUUCGGAUACCUAACUUCAAACAUUCUGCAGACUCUGAGUUGUGUAUUUACCAGCACGCGGGUUACAUCCGAGCAAAUAAGGCACUUCAAGCUUUCCAGGGUGCAUUUGUGAAACGAGGUGGAGUUCUCCACGAUGAGGAGAAGAUGUUGGAGAUUGUUCCCGGUGCCAUGGUAACGGUGAAGACCAAUCGAAGUGAGUACCAGACUAGAAGUGUCAUCCUGGCUCCUGGUCCUUGGGCAUCAACAGUUCUAAAGCAACUUGGACUAAACAUAUCACUCCAGGUUCAUCUGGCAUACCACAUCUUCUGGAAGGAGAGAGUGCAAGGAACCUACGCGGAAUUUCCAGUCUUUAAUGAUUUGAACAAAGAGGGAAUUGCCUAUAGUGGGUGCCCAAGCAAUGAAUAUCCAGGACUUAUGAAGAUGGGAAAGUGGAUGUCCACCCCAAUCGAUGAUCCUGAUUCCCGUGACCAAACUGAUGAACAGCAGGAUAUAGAUGUUCUUCGGGACUAUAUUCGGGAACACUUUCCGGGACUGGAUGCGGACAAUGGUCCCGCUAUAAAGGAAGCUUGUCUCGUUACGGAGGCCCCAGACCAGACCUUCAUCAUUGACGUCCAUCCAUCGUAUAGUAACAUAGCGAUAGGUUGUGCCUUCGCUGGACGGGGGUUCAUGUAUGCCCCUAUUGUGGGGCGGCUUCUCUCCCAACUGGCUGAGGGUGUCCAACCGCAACUAGAUAUCUCGCUCUUCUCAAUCAGUAGAUUUGAAAAAUGAUGGGGAGACAUGAAUACAGGCGCUUCCAGGAUUUCAUGAAAAAAAAAAAAAAAGAUAAAGAGGUAUCGAGACACAAGAAUUUCUAACGAUAUUUUUUUUAGCAAAAACUCUCAUAGCAUAAAUACCUAGCUAUGGCAAUUUGCCCCCCCCCCCAUUCUUUCCAGAUUCUUGCCUGGAUUCAAAAGUUACGCUACAUCGUAAUGGCACAUCCUCAAUGAUCAGGUCCAAUAUUAGCCCGAUUUCAGGUUGAUACUUGUAUUUGAAUGAAUAAACAUAUAUAAUGAAAAGAAUAUAACAAUUUGCAUAUCAAUCUAAACUCGAAAUAAAUAUGAAAUUUUAUCAAGAAAACGAGUUUCAUGUGUUGUUUUUUUUCCGGCUGAAACGUUCAUGAAGCCGUUCAAGCCUAUCUUGUAUUUAUGAAGAGUUCCCAAUUUUCUGUGAUUUUUUUUGUUAGAAUUUAAAACGUGACAUGAUGGGAAGCUGCAUGCAUGAUAAUUUGUUAUUUUUUAUGGAUUUUCGCACAAAUCACCCCCCCUCCUGUUUUAGAACACCCUAAUAAGUUCAAUUUGCAUAUUAACAUCUAUUAGUGUAUUUGUCUUUUUUCUAAAAAAAUAAUAAAAUGAUACAAUAUAAAUAGUACAUAGAAUGAUAUGUCAUCUCAAUAUGGAGAUCGUCAUGAUCAAUGAGGUUCUUCUCGAUAAUGAUGAACAACGCCCUCUAUCUGUCUUUCUGCUUUUCGAAUUCAAUUCGAAUUGAAAGGUUGGAGUUAACCAGAUAUUUAACAAAGCCUUUGUCUUAAAGUUAUAAGUAAAUGUCAUUGCUCAAAUAUGAUUACCAUGAAAUUAAAAACAUUCUUGAUAAUAUUGCAAAAUGAUUUUUGUAUCGUUCAUCAAAUCUUGUGUGCAAUAUGCCAACUGCCAUUUCCAUUUAUGCUCUAUAUUAUACUGAUUUUUUUCUGUUUUACGAAGUAAGAA